AUGCCGGAGGCGUCCGCUAAAAAAGCCAGUAAAUCGGCCUCAAAGGUCAAAACUGAAAAAGUCGUCGAAUCUGCCGACAAGGUGAAGAAAGUAGUCAAACCGAAAAGGCGCCAGAAGAAGCCCUACGGACGUUUGUACUCCCGAGCAGUGUUCACAGGUUUCCGUCGAGGACUCCGCAAUCAACACGAAAACACCGCUCUACUUAAAGUUGACGGAUGUGAUUCAAAGGCUGACUCUUGGUUUUACGUUGGAAAACGUGUAGCCUAUGUCUACAGGGCUAAGCGAUUAGUGUCUGUUCCUGGACGCCCAAAGAAGAAGUCUAAGGUCCGUGCUAUCUGGGGUAAAGUAACCCGUCCCCACGGUGCCACUGGAUCUGUACGAGCAAAGUUUAAGACCAACCUUCCCGCUAAAGCGAUGGGACACCGAGUCAGGAUUAUGAUGUAUCCUUCCCGUAUAUAA